AUGCGUUUUCUCACCCUGGAGGAUGGCAAUCUACGCCUGACCUCAUACUAUGGCGACUUUCCUCCUUAUGCCAUACUCUCGCAUACAUGGGGAACCAACGAAGAGGAAGUCACAUUCAAGGACUUGUGGGAUGGUUCAGCUCAAAAGAAAAAGGGCUAUCGUAAAAUCGAAUUCUGUGCACGCCAAGCUGCUGCGGAUGGAUUAUCGCAUUUCUGGAUCGACACAUGCUGCAUCGACAAGUCAAAUAGCACCGAACUGUCCGAGGCUCUAAACUCCAUGUUUCGGUGGUAUCGAGAUGCUGCCAAAUGUUAUGUAUACAUGUCGGAUGUUACCAUUGGCGACAAUUCGGCAGACGACAGUGUGGAAAGCGAGGAACCCAGAGAAGAGCUGGCUCAAUCAGCCUGGGAGCCAGCAUUUCGACAGAGCCGGUGGUUCACCCGAUCGUGGACGCUCCAAGAGCUUCUCGCACCAAAAUCAGUCGAGUUUUUCACUUCCGACGGGCAUCGUCUGGGCGACAAGCAAUCACUUGAUGAUGAGAUUCAGGAGGUGACGGACAUUGCAGCUGCCGCGCUCCGAGGGGGUGAUCUCAUGUCGUUUACUGUCGAAGAGCGCAUGUCAUGGGCGAGUCGUCGGCAGGCCACGCGUGACGAAGACCACGCGUAUGCGCUGUUGGGAAUAUUUGAUGUUUACAUGCCGCCUAUAUAUGGCGAGGGACGUAGACAUGCACUCCGGCGACUGCGUAAAGAAAUUGAAGAAUACGAAAGAGAAGAGGCCAGGUAUACAUCGAGUGAUAAAAAGCCUGAACAGAGGAGCCAGUUGAAAGUCCAUGACCAACUCGACUCAAAUGAAAUGCUCAUUUCGCCAAAUGGACGAUUCACAUUCGAAAACCAGGACGAUGGCAAUUUUGUCCUGUAUGAUAUGCAUCAAGGCAGGUUACCUCUGUGGGCUUCUGACACUUGUGGAGCGGGCGGCAAUCGUACGAUUGUCAUGCAGGAUGACGGUAAUCUGGUUCAGAUGUUUGUAUGGAACAGAUGGCCCAUUUGGUCCACCGAGACUGGCGGCCGCGGCAACGGGAGCUCCGUUCUGGUCCUACAAGACGACGGAAACGCCGUCAUCCUUUCGGACGGCCAGCAAAUUUGGCAAACGGACACCAAACAGAGGAGCAUCGUAGAGGAGACAAAACCUCUGCGAGCAGGCGAGUCCCUCGAGCAGGCACAUGCUCUCUAUUCCGAAAACAAGCGCUUCUGUCUCGUCAUGCAGGAAGACUGCAAUUUGGUGCUUUAUGAUAGACAUGAAAACCACCGGGUCAUGUGGGCUUCCAACACUGUCCGCGAACUCGUCAAACUUCCUCUCCUGCAACUAGGAACUGACGGUAUUCUGGUCAUCUCCGAUAGAGGCUAUGAGCAAUGGAAAAGCGAUAAUACUGGAGAGGGAAAUGAGAAUUCGAUAUUGGUGGUUCAAGACGACGGCAAUGUUGUUAUAUACACGGGAGAUGACCGGCAGGAAGCAAUUUGGGACACUGGGACAUGGCUAGAUUGA